AUGACUCAAUUCUUUGACAGCUAUCCAGGUGGUCUGUUUUCUCCAGUCACUGACGACGAUGAUUACACUAGUAAUUUUGCAAACCAUGACUUCUCUUGUGAAGAAGAUGAUUAUUUUUCUUCUUCUUAUUCUAGUGAUAAAAAUGUUACAGAAGUUUCACCUUCAGCUAUUCACUUGGAUACUAUACUUCUUUCAGAAGAUGAAUCUUUCCCACUGCCUACAAGUACAGUAUUUUCAUUUGAAAACGACGAAGAACUGAGAUUUAUAUUUGAUGAAUGUACUUGGUCUCCUUCAAAUCCUUUGAAUGAAGAUUGUAAAAUUAGUGACACUUCACAAACAGAUAUUCCAAUGAUACCAAAAGAAGUGAAAAGAAGAAGAAGGACAAGGAAGAACGUUGUGAAGAAGAUUCUAUCAAAAAAGAAGAAGAUACUGAAAAAUAUUCGAUCAAGAAAGUACAGAGGGAAAUAUGUUGUGAAGAUCAAAUACCCCGCAGUAAAGAGCACGACAUCAUCUGGAAAGGUACAAGUCUUAAGUAGAAGAUCAAUUAAAACAUUGAAAGAUAUGAAAAAGGAACCUAGAUAUCAAAAGGCACGUGAUGAUUCCAAGGAUGAAUUAAUAGAAUCUGAACGCAUGUCGCUUAAAAUCUUAACAGGAUCUAAAGUCGAUCGAUACUAUUCAAGAAUAAAUAUUAAAGAACUAUCAAGGAUUCUUGGAUUAGAUCAUUUUCAAUUAUCAUUAACAGCUAAAUUAGAAUCGAUUAUACUUCAGAUGUUUGAACAAUGGUGCGGAUUUAAAUUAGGGUUUGAAACUUGGGUUAGAGAUACCACAAAGGAUCAAAGAACUCAAUAUCUUGAUAAUCUUCAUGGGUACACAAGUGAAUGGUACCCUGAAAUCACCAAAGAUCAACUAGAAAUUAUAAUUAGAAGAGGUACAUAUUGUGCAAUGCAGAGUAGAUUAAGGAAAUUCAGAAGAUCAAAUGUGCAGAAAGAUUGA